UUUUCCAUGUGUGAAAAUUUUGAGAAAGUCAAUUAUGAAUCUCUUCCAUGCUUCCUAUUUAUAAGACUUUUAGGUGCCCAUAAAUUGGGAUAGCUAGUUAGUUCCAUUCUCUUAAAUUCCAUACUUCAUUUCUUAACUUCUUUGACAAAACACAAAACAUAGUAUUCUUUUCAUUUCAUUUCUUCUCUUUAUCCUCAAUUUUUUGUCUGUGUUAUGGCUGAUCAUUCAUCAAGCAAUGGAAACCAUGAAAUUGCUAUGAAUGUAAAUGGUGAUUCCUCCAAAAAUUGUGAAGAUAACUCAGAAUAUAAAGACUAUGUGCCUCUUUUGCAAAAGUUGGUGGCAGAAUUGGUGGGGACAUACUUCUUGAUAUUUGCAGGAUGUGCUGCUGUUGUUGUAAACCUUGACAAUGACAAAGUGGUAACACAUCCUGGGAUUUCAAUUGUUUGGGGCCUCACUGUUAUGGUUUUGGUUUAUUCUCUCGGUCACAUCUCUGGUGCUCAUUUUAAUCCUGCGGUCACCAUCGCUCACGCGUCAACCAAAAGAUUUCCCCUUAAAGAGGUGCCAGCUUAUUUGAUAGCACAAGUUCUUGGAUCCACUCUUGCAAGUGGAACACUUAGACUUAUAUUCAAUGGUAAUAAAGAUCAUUUUUCCGGAACACUUCCGGCUGGUUCUGAUCUUCAGGCAUUUGUGGUUGAAUUCAUAAUCACUUUUUAUCUUAUGUUCAUUAUCUCUGGAGUUGCCACGGAUAAUAGAGCGAUCGGUGAAUUGGCUGGACUUGCAGUUGGAUCUACGGUACUUCUAAAUGUCAUGUUUGCCGGGCCAAUUACGGGAGCUUCAAUGAACCCUGCAAGAAGUUUAGGGCCUGCUAUUGUUCAUAAGGAGUAUAGAGGAAUAUGGAUAUAUUUAGUCGCAACGACUCUAGGUGCCGUGGCGGGUACAUGGGCGUAUACUUUCAUCCGGUACACGAACAAGCCGGUGCGCGAAAUUAGUAAGAGUGCAUCUUUUCUUAAAGGGGUACAAAAUGGGGAAGCAAGGUGAUUCAUCAAGGAAUUUUAAAGGCUUUAUAUCUUCAAUUUCCAUUUUUGAAGAUCAAUCUAGAGGAAAUGGUUUAACAUUUAUCCAUGCAUUAACUGUAAUAUUUAUGUUUUGUUACAAACACACACUACACAAAUUUCGUAUCAACAAAUAAAUUGUAAAAGAGGUUUGAUGAAUACUUUGAUGAAUCUCUGAUUCAUGCUCA